GGCGGCGUGUUUGAAAGCGAGGCCAAAGUGGGUGGGAGCGCGUGCUGCUGGGAGUUGUUUGGAGGUUGGCGGUGCGGAGUUGGAAACCCGCAAGCAGCGCGGUUAUGUCGCACAAACAAAUUUACUAUUCGGACAAAUACGACGACGAGGAGUUUGAGUACCGGCAUGUCAUGUUGCCCAAAGACAUAGCCAAACUGGUCCCUAAAACCCAUUUGAUGUCUGAAUCUGAAUGGAGGAACCUUGGCGUUCAGCAGAGUCAGGGAUGGGUCCAUUAUAUGAUCCAUGAACCAGAACCUCACAUCUUGCUGUUUCGCCGCCCACUGCCCAAGAAGCCAAAGAAAUGAAGUUGGCGAGCCACUUUUCAGUCUCAAGCUUGACACAGCUGUUCUUAUUUUCUAAUAUCCCUCUGAUAACAUUAUUUUGCUCCUUGUUUCUCACUUGAUAUUUAAAAGAUGUUCAGUGCACUGUCUGAGUCUGCUGGUAACUGCCUUGCUUCUUGAGUAGAGCCAGCAUCAUCACAGCCCAGCCAGAUGAGAGCUGUGUGGCCACAGCCUCUACUGAAUGUGACCCCCAAAGCCACGGUGUGCUCUAUAUCCAGAACACACUUGGCAGACGGAGGAAGCAUCUGAAAUUAAGACUGCGGCUGUUAUAGGGAUCGUGUAAACUUGCUGUCUUGUUUUUUUUCUGCUGGGUGUUGUACGUAUGGUGACUUGUGGGUUGAUGUUUCAUUGUAUUGGAAACUUUCCGUUUUAUUCAAGAAAUCUGUUCCAUGUUAAAAGCCUUGAUUAAAGAGAAAGUUUCUAUAAUCCAA